GAAUUUGUGGUACUGUAAAGUUUUUACUUCACAUGUAAGGGAUUACAAAAACGGUAACUGUAAUCCGUUACAUUACCAGCAAAAAUAUUGUAAUCAGAUUACAGAUACUUUUGAAAAACUAGAUGAUUCAAUUAAAUUAAAUUCAGAAAGGAGAUUUGAGAAGAAAAAAACGUUGACACUUCUCUGUUUUCUCAAUGACAUUCAAAUCAACAUUGAUAAAAGGCGCAAAUGUAAGUUUGUUCCACAUGAGCGAGUCUGACCAGAAGUCAGAUACCACUAUGAUGACAAACCAAAUGGGUUUGAUGGAUCGCUGGAAAAGAGCAGGAAUAAGCUUUUGUAGGCUACAGUCCCAGCUAUUACUUCCAAUGGUGCAACUGCUGUCGGCAUUCAAAGAUUAUCUAACUUGAAUAAACGCUUGGAGGUAAGGAUGACAGCAGUGGUGUAGUCUACUGCGAUACGGAUAUCACAAAUUAUUGUUAUCUGCAUAGCGCAUUGAUGUGAAUCACACUGCUGCUCUCUUAUUUAGCUAUUUGCGUUUUACGGAUUGUGGUUGUUGUGGAUGGCUGUUCGCAAAUCUAAAUGUGUAUUUGAACCCAAUAAUGGUUGAAUUCAAGAAGUUUAAGGUGCCUAUCAAUCAUUGUUUUUGAAAACAGUGGACAGCAAGUGAAAAAUGCGCUCUUGCAACAGCUGCACAGUGCGGAUCCCAGCCUAUGGAAUAAAAACUGGGCUUUAUAUUUUAUUCUUCAAUUAACUAGGCAAGUUCAAAGACUGUCCAGGAACAGUGGGUUAACGAACUGCCUUGUUCAGGGGCAGAAGGACACAUUUUUAACUUCUCAUCUCGGGGAUUCGAUCUUGCAACCUUUCGGUUACUAGUCCAACGCUCUAACCACCAGGCUACGUUGCUCAGAGAAAUUCAUGCUGAUAAAAAAAAUAAUCCAUAGACCUAAUGGACACGUUCAAACUCGCAAACUUUUGAAUGAUUUAAAGGGGCAAUCUGUACUUGGAUUUAUAAAUUAUAUAUAUCCAUUGAUUCUUGAAGAAUAUAACUUAUAAAUGCCUCAUGAGUUUAGUUCAACGGUCACACUCCAUGUGAACCCAAAAUAUAACCUUGUUUUUCUCCAAUGUUUGUAAACAUUGUAAAUGUAAAUAAAUACUUUAUAGCCUCAUAACAUGGUUAAAACAAUAAUUUUAUAUCAUGGAUGGUCAGUCCUUGCAUCCAUAGCUCUGUCUAUUAAUCUGAGCAUGGUUACAUUUCUCCAGGCCCAUCCCUCAUCUUUUUACCAAAACUGAGGCGGGAUGGCCGUUUGGUUAUUGUUUCAUCUGUGGAUUUGCACUUUGAACAGCUGUAUAUUAUCAAGAUAUCAAAGUGUCACCAACAAAAAAUUAAACAACAGAGUAGGGCUGGCAAAUAAGUCCUUAGUUUUGGGGUUAUGCUCAGGUAAAACUAUUUGGCUAAACUAUACUUCCAUAUUUCCAAGUCCUAUUCUUGAAGAUCAAGGGGUAUAACAUUUAUUAGAAUGACUGGAAUUCUGAUUGACUUUCGUUUUUAAUGUAAAGAUAUAAUUUAAUUGUAUUAUUAUAUGUAGUAGAAAGUGAUGGGUUAGAAGAAGCCUACAUAACCAACCCAUAAAGUAAAAUGUAACAUCCACAUAUGGACAGCUAUGUAAACUUUAACAUAGAUUUAUCCUGCAAUAGAUGUGGUUCAAUUGGUAACAUACAUUUUUGUCUUCUUCUAAUGCCUCCUAAGGGGAAACUAAUCUAAAAGUAACUGAAUGUAAUCAGAUUACAUUACUGAGUUUGGGUAAUCCAAAAGUUACGUUACUGUUUACAAUUUUGGACAGGGAACUAGUAACUGUAACAGAUUACAUUUAGAAAGUAACCUACCCAACCCUGAUAGUAUUUGAGUUCCUGUUUUUUUGUAUACCAUGCCUUGUUAUGUUGAAUGUCUUGCACAUAUUUGUAUUACUGUAGCUAAUAUAAUUAGACAUUCCUAAUAAAACACUUGAGUUAUAUUAUGUGCAAUAGCCACAUGGAAAUAUUAACGAGCUAGUAGUACACGCAGCUAUUAUGAGUGUAUUCUGAAUGCUUUAUGUGUGUUGUCUUGAGUUACAAGGUGACGUCGCUACAAAGUCUUUAUGUGAUACUUCAGAAAGCCACUGGAGAGCAGCACAAACAUAUAAAACUAACCAAAACAACAGGUACUAAAGGUGUUUAGAUUAUCUGCGGUUAUGAUCAUUUGACAGUGCCAUUGAGUAACAAUUGGAAAGAGCAAAAUCCAAUCCAUAGAUUUUAUUGAUUGAAACACAAUCAAAGAAUGAAGUCUCGUGAAGCCUUUUAAAGUCAGAGGUACUGUAUGCUGCAGUUCUUGUGAGCUGUCAGACCACCUGUGAGGAAAUGUCUGAGGAAGCUUCAGCAAUUAAAACCUUAGACUGGCCGGGUAGAGGGCAUGGUCCCAGGUUAUCAAUAGCGUAGCCUUGUGAGGGGUCAGUCUCUGAGGCUAAGAAAUAUUCACCCUGGGGACAGCUGAACCUAGCAGGGGCAAGUGUGAGGGCAUUUCUCUUUUUCAGGAGCACAUCAAUAGAGACCAUAUAUAGAGAGUCUAUCAGAUGUGAGGUCUGACUGAGAAGAGAGACAUCUAAUCACAAUGAUUUUCACUGCCCAAUCUGAAUGUAGAUGUUAUCUGGCAUUAUUUUUACCUGACACUUUGCUGUUAACAAGCUGUUAAUGGAUAAAUACAGCAAUUUUUUUUCACGGAAGUCAUAUGGUAAGCAUUCAUACUGUGCCUUUCAAAGUGCAGAUUUGCAAUGCACCAUAUGUUCUAUGUUUUCUCUGUUGAUUUAUCUUACCAUGCAAUUUGAUGCUUAAGGGGUUAUGAUUUCAUCCAUAAAAUGAACAGAGGUCAGUUUAACCAAACAAAGUUUUUUCUGUUUUAGGUAAAGUAAAUAUAACUGCAUCUGUUUGGAAGGAUGUCCUCUGUUGAAUUUACAACCACCACAGACUAUGAGAUUCCUGUCAGCAAUGACACUGGAGUAUGUGCCAGUCAAUUACAACCAUAACAAUGAAGGGAGGGCCCACCUUUAUCAUUUUGUGAUGCGCUCCUGCUCCACAUAGCCACAGGCCUUGGAACACUACCUUUCAACUCCAAUUCACCAACCCCCCCAUACCCCCUGAGUGUGAUAGCAAAGCCACUCCCUUCACAGUGAAUUAUAUUUAGAGCCAUGCUACGCAAGACUUAAACCAACCCCCCCAUUGGACUACUUAGAUGCCACUCAGUCAUAAAGAAACAUCACUUUAGCAGUGGGCCUUAUAAUUCUCAACAGAGAGUGAGUGUUCUCAUCCUAGCUAACUGACACAGUGAAAGAGGGUGCUUACAGAGGUCCUAAUGGUUACUUUUACAGGACACAUUUAUUGGGCGUUAGUAAGGAGAUUCAACAAGAGCUGAAAACUCGUUGAAACCAUUUGGAGACAAGAGCGCUUAACAUUAGCAGUGUAGUGUCAUCACUAUCAAAGGACAUGGCCUUGUCGAGGACAGGAGUACCACAGUGUAGACUGUGAUAGCAACCUAAGUGGAGACGCCACUACUGGAUCUACAAUUUCACUGGAGAUGAGCAUUAUGGGAAGGUUCCUGUUUCAGAUCUCUCUGUAAGACUGAGCCUAUGAGUGAGCCACUAUGGCGGACUGGAACUUGUUGGGCAAGCUUCUGGAGAGUGCCCAGGAGCACUCCACUGUAGUGGGCAAGGUCUGGUUGACCGUGCUCUUCAUCUUCAGGAUCCUGGUUCUCGGAGCUGCAGCUGAGAAAGUGUGGGGUGAUGAGCAGUCUGGCUUCACCUGUGACACCAAGCAGCCUGGUUGUCAGAAUGUCUGCUAUGACAAGACUUUCCCCAUCUCUCAUAUCCGCUUCUGGGUGCUGCAGAUCAUCUUCGUGUCCACGCCCACUCUCAUCUACCUGGGCCACAUCCUGCACCUAGUGCGGAUGGAGGAGAAACAGAAGCAGAAGGAGAAAGACUUGGCUGAGCAACUGGCCAUUCACAAUGAUAAGCAGCAGCUGCUGCCUGACGCCAAACCCAAGAAGCCCCCCGUCCGGGACGACCUGGGCCGCAUCCGCCUGCAGGGGGUCCUGCUGCGCACAUACGUCUUCAACAUCAUCUUCAAAACCCUGUUCGAGGUGGGAUUUAUCAUAGCUCAGUACCUGCUCUAUGGGUUUGAGCUGAAACCUCUGUACACCUGUAACCGCUCACCCUGUCCCAAUGUGGUGAACUGCUACAUCUCCAGGCCCACAGAGAAGACGAUCUUCAUCCUCUUCAUGUUGGCAGUGGCAUGCAUAUCACUGGUGCUGAACAUAGUGGAGAUGUAUCACCUGGGGUUCACCAAGUGCCGCCGGUACAGACACGUCCAGUCCACAUGUGAGACAGGGUCCAAGGCCCCCAGCAAGGCAGUGGUGCCUUCUGUCCCAAACUAUAACUACUUCCCUAGGCACCACCCAGCUCCUGAGCCCUACCAUGCAGACCAGUACAUCAUGAAUGAGCCUGACUCUGCCUACCACCCCUACAACAGCAAAGUGGCUUACAAGCAGAACAGAGACAACCUGGUCGUAGAGAUGAACAGUAAACCAGAAGGGGGUGACACCACAGAAAGGAAAGGCUCCAGUUCUGCUCCAGAGUCGCCUUCAGAGAAACAACGGCGACCCAGUCGAUCCAGCAAGCACAGCAAUAGUAAGACCAGACUAGAUGAUCUGAAGAUCUGAGGGACAGUUAUGGCGCAUUUCCACCACCGGGUUUUAUACAGGUGCUUGGCCUAAAGAUUCAAACUUUUGUGUUUCCACCUUUGAGGUGGGGGGGGGAGUAUUGGGCCAUGGACCUACUGACUUGUGUCCAGAGUGGGACUUCUGGAGAAGCAUUAACAUAAUGGUUAACAGUUAACGUAAUAAUUGAGCCGUUUGCUUCUCAAAAGCAAAUUAGUUUUCAGAGGUGGUUGAUUCUGCUCUUCACAAGUCCUCACUGUAGCUUUGGAAACAAUUUCCGUAGUAUAAUACCAGGGUGUAUACACAAGCGUAACACCUGGUCAGUCAAAAAGUGUCACAGUCAAAUUUGUACAAUAUACAUUUCACCCUGUACCAGAGUAGACAAUGUGCCUUUGAUGGAAAGCAUUCUAUCAGGAGAGCAAGGUUAGGAACAAUAUGGAAGAUAACAUUAUUUCCUCUUAUGACAUUCUUGAUCAGAAUGGACGUCGUCUGUCUUAUCUAAAACAAUAUAUACCAAAUUGUACUUGAAUAAGAAACCUUCUAAAGUGGGAAUUUGAGGGGUGAAAACAGACUUAAAAAGCAGGAUAGAUCACCUCAUUUGUCAGGGGCCAGUAACAAAAACCUUCUGUAGAGGCUUAUGAUCGUUUUGUUUAAUUGUUCAAGUUAGUUAAUUCUCAUGAAACAUUUCACUCCUCAUAAUGUAACUUCUCCAACUGAAAAGUAUGUCAGAUGCUAUGUGUAGUGCUAGAAAUAGAGGUGGGCUCCUGUUCUUCCUCAGUUAUGUUACUGUACAGAACAAUCACUUGGUCAACCGACGAGACCCAAGUCUGACUUGCACAACUCCCAGAGGUAAAGGACGAGUAACAUAUUGCUAACUGGAGGGUUGCCAGUCUGUAUGCAAAGAGAGAGGCCAAUCGAAUUCCAAAUCUUCAUAAAUGAGUUAGUUUGGGUAUGCAAACAGUAAUUGUUGGAGGUUCUCUCUCAUCAGCCAAACAUUUGCCAUGCACAGUAUAAUAUUUCAAAGUGUUCCAAAACAAGUUGUUCCCUUAUGAAUCCAUAAUAUGCUGAUUAUUCUGACGGGAAAUAAUGCCAAAGCAAUUGCUCGUCUGUGUAAUGCUUUUGGCACAGACUACCCACUAGAAAGUUUACAUUUGUCUGUUAAGAUACAGCAUGCAUUUGAUUUUACAACCAU